CUCCCGUGUGCCUUCGGGUGGCUCUGGCUGUCAAUCUCAGCCAUGGUUACAUACCUCUUGAUGUCAAUGAUCCAACAGUCAAAGCCGAAAAAACUCGUCAGUCGCAGGCGAACAUGCGUACAUGCGACUGCUCCAACUGCCUCCCGGCAGAGGCCGAGCAACUAUGGCUGGCUCAGCGCGCUCUCAAAAACGAUAAUAUUGAUAUUGUGCUCAGCAUGGCCAUUGCGGAACUCAAAAAACUUGUGCAAGAUAUGCCAGACACCCCAGCACCUCCCACCACAGAAUCUCGGCCUGUAGUUCUACGUUGUGUUCGAGAUGAUCCGAUUUUGGGCUUCCCUUUGUUAGAGCAGUUAGUGACACGCUUGGAACGCGCGUUUGCAAAGUUUUUCUCUGGGUUGUACCCUCACGGAUCUGAUCUGGGUCCGGAUGACUUUCUCGGACGGGAACUCGCUUGGGACGUGGCCAAAAACCUGGACAUUCUUAGGGUGCCAAGUGAUUUGGGCCUCAUCAUCGCGAGUGAAGCGAUUCCUGGUCAAUACAACUGUCUAUUCGACACCUUCCUGCGGUGGAAAGACAAACAUGGAUCGAUUGGAGCGGUGGCCGAAGCGGCCAAAAGAAGACGCAAAGCUCACCGCCCUUCGGGACCUCCGAAAAUACCUCAAUCCUUGGAGGGAUUGCAGAUGGCCAAAGUCCAAGCAGAUUUGGACAAGGCUGCACUCAUUGACGCCUGUGAGGCUGCGAAAGCGAGCGUGGCGAAACAAAAGGCAGCCAUUCGGGAGCAACGUGCUCAGGAAAAGUUAUCCCGAGCAGCUGUCAACGAUGGUAGGCAAAGCUCAAAACGACCAGUUGAAGGUUCGGUGUUGCCGACACCUACCAACAAACGGGCCCUUGUGGAAACAGUACAUCAGACGCACCCCAACGGAAACGAGUUGAUUGAACCGCGUCUUUGUCCGCGGUGAUCAUCUUGAUCAUGUUCAAAUGGCCGGUGCGCCAAACGUUUGUCACCAUUUGCGGCGGUCGCCCGGCCGGAGGUCGGGCCAAGUGGUCAUUGGCGUAUUUGAGGAACAGGGCCAAAGAGGCAUCUGUGAUGGUGUGGAUGUUGGGCUGGUAAACUAGCUUCUGGCCCGACAUUGCUUUCAAAAGUUGCAUCAGUUUUCUUAGCUGCAUUACAGUUGUAAAGAGUCAGCCCAAAGUUUUGUAACACGAAGUUGCAAUGAAAAAUGUGCCUCACCAAAGGUAUAUUGUUCGAUAACCU